CUCAUGCUGCCAAGUGAAUAGGCUUAUUGUCCAAGAAUUUGGUCAUCGAGCCGACCAGUCACGGCAAAGUUAUCCAAUGCACUUCCUGUUCAACCACAAAUGCCCUGCCACUAGUUUUUGGAAAUCCAUGGCAAAGCGGGGUUGCACACGUACAUGCGGAACAACCCCACCUUGAGAAACAUACAAGUAAUCCAUCAAACCCUUCGAAGCUGAGUAUUGGCUUCUUUCUCCUUCUGCUUAAAUUGCCAUUGACCCAUAUUCCUUGAAUCUAUCAACUUUAGUAACACCAAAAACGAAUGGUUAUUACUCACUCCACGCAAGCCGAUGGCCACGCUCAGCCUAUCGUCAUCGAAGAUCAGGACAGCCAAGAUGCUGAUGAACCACCUAUACCGUGCGCCCCUCCUUCGAGGGGCAUUUCAGUCAAAACAGACAACACUAUCGCUAUUGACGACGAUAGCAGAGCAAGAGUUGAAAGCGGCGAAAGAAACGAUGGCUCCAUCACAUCAGCAAACUCCUGGGAUGGGACCGCCAGUGGCGCCCACACUUUCGAUGCCACAAUUGUGGCUACCUACUUAGAAGUCGAUCCUCAGAAUGGGCUUUCAAAUACAGAAGCAACCAAGCGACUUGAGCGAGAUGGACCAAAUAAGCUUGAUGGAGCGGGAACGGUUUCUAUUGGAGAAGUUCUGCUCAGACAGGUGUCUAACAGCUUGACAAUCGUUCUUGUUAUUGCUAUGGCUCUCUCGUACGGCACCCUCGAUUUUAUCGAAGGUGCUGUUAUUACAGCGGUUAUUCUUUUGAACAUCAUACUAGGUUUUAUACAAGAUUUCCGUGCAGAGCGAACCAUGCAGUCCCUACUCAGUCUCGCUGCGCCUUCUUCCCACGUCAUCCGCCAUAAAAUGACCGAGAUCAUCAAGGCUGAAACCCUGGUGGUGGGUGACAUUGUCAAGCUUUCGACUGGAGUCGUGGUUCCAGCUGAUCUACGACUACUCGAGAGUAUGAAUCUGGAAAUCGAAGAAGCUCUUUUGACCGGAGAAUCAUUACCUGCUUCCAAAAAUGCCGAGGCUGUGCUGAAUACUGGCCAUGAUGCGUCGAUUGGAGACAGAAUCAAUAUGGCCUACUCCGGCACAACCGUCACUCGCGGUCGUGGAACUGGCAUCGUGGUUGCUACCGGAAUGAAGACUCAAGUUGGAAAAGUUGCAUCACUUCUCAGAGGCGACAAGCCCGAGGCAAAAGAUUCCAACCCUCUUAUGCGAUACCUGAAGAAACUUGGCAAAGGUAUCAAGAAUAUUCUCGGGCUUGUCGGAACCCCGAUGCAAGUCAAGCUCUCCAAGUUUGCGAUCCUGCUCUUCAGCCUUGCUGUACUCCUAGCAAUCAUCGUCUUCUCGGCAAAUAAGUGGAAUCUCGACAACGAGGUUGUCUUAUACGGCAUCUGUGUUGCAGUUGCGGUCAUCCCUGAAUCGUUGAUCGCAGUCACGACUAUCACAAUUGCUGCGGGAGUGAAAGCAAUGGCACAAGGCAAUGUUGUCAUCAGACGUAUGGCUGCACUAGAAGCAAUUGGUGGCGUCACAAAUAUCUGUUCCGACAAAACAGGGACUCUGACUCAAGGAAAAAUGGUGGCACAUAAAUUAUGGACACCGGACUUGGGAAUCUUGAGCAUCAAGGAUGUGACGAACAUUCUGGAUCCGAAUGAUGGAAGUCUUGAGGUCGGGAAUGCGCCCUUCAACAUCAAUCAGACAUCAGCUUCGCAUAACCUGACCAUGCUGAAGCCAAUUUUAGACGCUGUAGCAUUGUGCAACUUUGCAUCUGUUUCCAGAACUAGCCCGGUAGCUCAAUGCUCUUCAGAGAAGCAUCCUUCAACCGGAGAAUGGGCCGCAGUUGGUGACCCCACUGAAAUCGCUCUGCAAGUCCUCGCCAUGAGGUUCAACAAUGGGAAAGAUGACCUCUUGAAGGGUGGCACGUUGACCUCUGAGAUGGAGCACCAGUUCGAUUCAAGCUUGAAGAGGAUGUCAGUCGCCUACAAAUCUCAGACCACUGGGGAUGUUGAAGUGUAUGCCAAAGGCGCCAGCGAAGCAAUUAUCCCCAUUCUGGAUCUCUCAGAGAAGGAAGAAGCGGCGCUGAUACCGAUCAUCGAAGGGCUUGCCAGCGAAGGUCUCCGAGUUCUAUGCAUUGCUAGCAAAAGAAUUGCCCCAGAGAACGAACGCAACCUCUUGGACCGCCGAUUCAUGGAGUCCAACCUCAAGCUUCAAGGUCUGGUUGGUCUUUACGAUCCACCGAGGGUUGAAACUUUUGACGCAGUGAUGAAAUGCAAUGAUGCAGGUAUAGCUGUCCAUAUGCUGACUGGCGACCAUCUUAACACUGCAACUGCCAUCGCCCAGAAAGUGGGAAUCUUGAAGUCUGACCAGCAGACAGCACAUUCAGUGAUGAGAGCUCAAGACUUUGACAGGCUUUCGGAUGCUGAGAUCGACACCAUGUCUUCGUUACCUGUAGUACUUGCUCGUUGCAGCCCCACUACGAAAGUGAGGAUGGUAGACGCAUUGCGCAGGAGAAAGGCAUUCUGCGUCAUGACCGGAGAUGGAGUCAAUGAUGCUCCAGCUCUAAAGCGUGCUCAUGUUGGUAUUGCCAUGGGCAUCAAUGGCACUGAUGUUGCAAAAGAUGCAGCCGACAUGGUUCUGACGGAUGACAACUUCGCAUCAAUUGUGAAAGCGGUUGAAGAAGGACGACGCUUAUUUGAUAAUAUUCAAAAAUUCUUGUUGCAUCUCUUAAUUUCGAAUAUCGCUCAAGUUAUCUUGCUACUAAUUGCCCUUGCGUUCAGAGAUACCAAUGGGAACUCAGUAUUCCCGCUCUCGCCACUUGAGAUACUCUGGGUAAACAUGAUCACCUCCUCCUUUUUGGCUCUUGGCCUCGGCAUGGAGGAAGCUCAAGCUGACAUCAUGAUUCGCCAACCUCGAGAUCUCAACGUCGGCGUGUUCACUUGGGAACUCAUAUGCGAUAAAAUGCUCUACGGCAGCUGGGCUGGCAUUUUGUGUCUCGUCUCAUUCGUCAUCGUAGUCUAUGGUGCAGGAAAUGGAAAUCUUGGAACAAAUUGCAAUGAAGAAUGGAACGAGAGCUGCGAUGUUGUCUUUCGUGCUCGAGCCACUGUCUUCGGGGUCCUUAGUAUCCUAUUGUUGGUCACGGCGUGGGAAGUGAAACACUUCUCGAGAAGCCUGUUCAAUCUCGAUCCGGCCCGUUUCAAAGGGAGAUUUUCGAACUUCAAAGCACUCACGUAUAAUCGUUUCUUGCUUUGGGCUGUGGUUGCGGGGUUUCUUAUCACGUUUCCAGUCAUCUAUAUCCCGGUCGUCAAUACUACUGUAUUUAAGCAUAAGGCUAUUGGGUGGGAGUGGGGUGUGGUCUUUGGGUGUCUGAUAUGCUAUGUCGCCUUCGUGGAGGCGUGGAAGGCUAUCAAACGUCGCUUUAGGGUUUGGUCAGGGAUGGGGCAGACUUUGAGCAUCCGAGAGGAGGUGUGAAGAGUCAUUGCAGUUGUUGGGAAAUGGCUGAGUGGAGAGACUCUCAAGGCCAUCGGAAGGUUCGCCUUGGCUUGUACUGCUGCUUGGCGACGCGAGGCUGUAUUUUGCUUCCCUACUAUAUUCUUUCGAUUCUUGCUCUUAUUCUUUUAGUUCUGUUGACAUACCGGGGAAGCUGCUGUUUGGGUUGCAGUAAAGAUACGGUCCUUUCAAAGUACUUUAUAAAUACGAUUAUAAUACUACUCCUGUCU